AUGUUCCUGAACCUGGCUGGAAGAUCUGUAUUCCAUUCAAGCCCGAUUACAGUGCUGAAGAGGUUUACUCAUGAGUACGCUCCGCGAUUCAAAACGGUAACGAAGAAACAGAAGGGACGUGUUCCUGUGCGUGUUGGUGGGUCCAUAAAAGGUUCAACUUUGCAGUUCGGAAGGUUUGGCUUGAGACUCAAGACAGAAGGAGUGAGGCUGACUGCUCAGCAGCUGAAAGAAGCGGACAAUGCUAUCAUGAGAUAUGUGAGACAAGUAAAUAACGGUCAACUAUACCGGAGGCUCUGUACAAACAUUGCGGUUUGCAUUAAAGGUAAUGAGACUCGUAUGGGUAAGGGUAAGGGUGCAUUUGAUCAUUGGAUGGUACGUGUUCCAACGGGUAAAAUAAUCUUUGAAAUGGAUGGCGAUAAUUUGCACGAAAAGAUCGCGCGUGAGGCCUUCAGAAAAGCGGGAACGAAGUUACCUGGUGUUUAUGAGUUUGUUUCUGAGUCAUCACUAGUAAGGGUGGGUCUUCAGAGCUUCAAAGAUCCAAAUCAUGAUCCUAAAGUCAACUACUUUGAGCAGCUGAAGAAAAAGCCUACGAAAGAAUACCUUAACGAACUGAAAUCAAAGCAGACUAACUAUAGGUUGUUCAGGGGCCGUUAA